CCAUUUGGUGUGCGCAAAAAGGAGUCAGAUGGCAGACUGUUUGACGCUCCUGCGACAGUAUAACCUGCAGAAGAAGGAGAUAGUGGAACGAGAUGGACUAAUCAUAUUCGACCAGACCGCUUGGCCCGGGAACGCCAAGACCAACUACCCCUCCUACAGGUCUGGGCAGGCGGGUCUGAAGGAGUACUACACUCUAGAGUCUCUGCUGUUUCUCCUGAAGAAUGUCAGUCUCUCUCACCCAAGCUACGUUGCCAAGGCUGGG